GUCAGUUUAUUGGGAGUCUGUAGUUGUUUAUUGUGAUUUAUGGAAGAUGUUUUAGUUUGCCUGCUCAUUUUAUGUAUGGUGGGUGACUAUCACAAAGAAAAUGUCAGAAGAAUCCGCAGUAAAAGUCUGUGUUCGAGUCCGUCCCCUUAUAGCGAGAGAAGACAGUGCUGCAUCAGACAAUGCAGAGCCCGUCCAGUUUUGGAAAGCCGAGGAUGAUUCCCUUCAUCAGCUCAAUGAGGGGAAACUCAUUAAGAGCUUUAGUUAUGACCGAGUGUUCGCUGAAGAAGAAACAACCAAUCAGCUGUACCAGGUCAUUGCUAAACCUCUUGUUGUUUCCACUGUUGAGGGAUACAAUGGAACCAUAUUUGCUUAUGGACAGACUUCUUCCGGAAAGACUUUCACCAUGAUGGGGAGUGACCGUACUCCUGGAGUGAUACCUCUGGCUGUGGAGGACGUCUUCCAUACCAUCAAAAAUUUUCCAAAGAAGGAGUUCCUUCUUAGAGUUUCUUACAUGGAAAUCUACAACGAAACUGUGAGUGAUCUGCUCGUUGAUAGCUGGAAGAGAAAACCCCUGGAAGUCAGAGAGACAAUCGAUAAAAACAUCUAUGUAUCUGACCUGACGGAGGAAGUGGUCACGUCUCCUGCACAAGCCCUGGCCUGGGUUCGGAAAGGAGAAGAGAACCGUCACUAUGGAAAGACAAAAAUGAAUGAGCGGAGCAGCCGCUCGCACACCAAUUUCCGAAUGAUCCUGGAAAGCCGAGAAAGGACCGACCCAUCCGGUGAAAAUGCUGAUGGAGCCAUUAUUGUGUCUCAUUUGAAUUUAGUUGAUCUAGCUGGAUCUGAGAGAGCAAGUCAAACAGGAGCAGAAGGCACACAUUUCAAAGAAGGUUGCAAUAUCAAUCGCAGCCUGUUUACACUCGGCCAAGUGAUGAAGAAACUGACAGAUGAAAGCCAGAAGGGCUUCAUUAACUACAGAGACAGUAAGCUAACCCGCAUCCUGCAGAACUCCUUGGGUGGAAACGCUAAAACGGUCAUAAUCUGCACCAUCACUCCUGUCUCUCUAGAUGAGACCCUCAGCACUCUGCAGUUUGCCAGCACUGCAAAGAAAAUGAAGAACGACCCUCAUGUGACGGAGGUGUCUGAUGAUGGGGCUCUGCUCAAAAGGUAUCGCAAUGAAAUUGUAGACCUCAAACGUCGACUUAACGAGGUUUCUUCAGUCACACAGACCACAGCGAUGGAGAAAAAGGUUCUCUCCCAGCUGCUGCAAGAAAAGGAUCAGCUCCAGAGAGAACAAGAAGACCGGAUCAGAAACCUGACCAAAAUGCUGGUCACCAGCUCAAACCUGAUUCCUGUUCGAAAUCUUCCAAAACGCAGGGUCACGUGGGGAGGUAAGAUGGUCAGAGUUGCCCGUCGGUCUACAUGUGAUGGGGGUUCAUCUGACCUUAGCUUUGCACAAUCUUUCACUCGGAAGAGGAAAGCCGACGGCUCCUGUCUGAUGGAACUGGAUGAAGAUGACGAGGAUUUUGACUCUCGCUGGGAGAUUCCUGAUGAGCCUUCAGAUGAAAUGGAUAUGAGUCGGAGUUCUGUGACUGUUCGAAGCUUUGAAGACAGUCCCAAAGACUUUGUGUCUCGAGACCGUAUGUGUGAGCUUUCUGGGAAAGUUUCCAACUUAGAGCUGCAGCUAGAGAUGGAGGCCCAGCAGAAACAGGAGGCCGUGGACAAAAUACAGGCAACAGAACAGAGGGCAGCAGAGCUGGAGCAGAAGCUUGAGAUGGCGGUCCAGCAGAAACAGGAGGCUGUGGAAAAGAAGACAAAUGAGUUUGCAGAGACAAUCCAGCUGUGUGAAACUCUGGCUACAGAGAAGGACGUGGUGCUUGCUGAGCGGGACUAUCUAAAGCAGGAGCUUGGGAUGUUCAUAGAGCAGAUUGAAUGUCUGGAGAAAGAGAAAGCAGCUCUGUCUCAGGAGAAGAGAGAGACGGAUGAGUUCUUGUCUCUUGAGAACGAGUUCAUGAAAGAGCAUGAGAAUGAGUUGCAAAAUGAGAUCACCGACUUGAAAAAGACCAUCGAAGGCUCUGAGCUUCAAUGCCGAGAGCUUCAGAACAAGCUAGAAAAGCUGACUGAUGAACUGAAGAAAACUGAAUUUGCAGAGGACCUUCAGAGUAUGAGCGGUAAGGACUUGGUGCAGGAGGUGGUGUCGCUUCGUCGCUCUCUAGAUGACGCUGAGGGGCUCAGCAGAGAUGCAAAGAAGGACUGGGCUGUCCUGCGCAGCCAAAAUAUGGCAGUGGAGGAGAUGAAUGUGACUCUGAGUGCCAACCAUGAGAAGAUGGAAGCUGAGGUGAAAAGCCUGCACUUCCAACUUGACACGGAGAAGUCACGCAACAGAAAGAUGCAGAGCGAUCUCCAAAAAGAGCUGAGUGUGGCAUUUGACGAGAACACAAAGCUCACCACACUGCUAGAUGGAAAAGUCCCAAAAAAUCUGAUGCACAGCAUGGAACUUGAGAGAACAGUGGCCCACCUGAACAGAGAGCUCACUGUGUCUCAUGAAGCAGAGGGAUCCCUCAAAGCUCAGCUGGAGGAGCUAGCUUCUUUCCAGACUCUUCCAGAGAAGCUGGACAGUUUGAUGACGCAGCUGGAUCAGCUGACUGGAGAGCUUCAUUGUGUGCGAGCUGAGAAAGACGCUCUCCUGUCUGCGCAGAGUGCUGAUGCUCAGAGUUCUGCGGAGGAGAUGGAGAAGGUGCUCUCUGCAGUUACAACUCUCACUGCAGAGCGAGACCAGCUCCAGAUGGACAUGCAGGAAAAUGUAGAGAUGAUGAUUGAACAUCAGGAGGAGCUGAGGUCAGCCCUGGAGAAGAAUCGUGAAAAGAUGGAGCGGAUCAAACAGCUGGAGACUGCACAAACAUCAGAACAGGACGGGCCUCCCAAUGAGAGGAGUGUGCAGAUGGAGGAGCUGCAGACACUUAUGAUCGAAAACCAGGAGGAGCUGAGAGUGUCUCAGGAGAAGGUCAAAGUUCUCCAAGAUGAGAUCAACGUGCUGACGAGUCAAAUGGCAAAGCUGGAGAGCAGACCAAGCGUUGGGAGUGAUGCAGAGACUACCUUCCAGGUGCAAGAGCUCCACAAUCAGACUCAGAGACUGACUGAGGAGCUUGAGAGUGUGCGAGCAGAGAGAGACUGUCUGCAGUCUGAGAGGACGGCCGACACUCAGACGCACAGUGAGGCGAUGGAGAAGCUGCUGUGCAGAGCGACGUCUCUCAGUGAGGAGAGGGAUCAGCUGCAGGAGAUACUGGAGGGACUGAGGCAGGACAAGAAGCAGCUCAGAGCAGAGCUGGAGGACAGGAUGGAUAUGAUGCAAACUGAGAAUGAGUUGCAAAAUGAGAUCACCGACUUGAAAAAGACCAUCGAAGGCUCUGAGCUUCAAUGCCGAGAGCUUCAGAACAAGCUAGAAAAGCUGACUGAUGAACUGAAGAAAACUGAAUUUGCAGAGGACCUUCAGAGUAUGAGCGGUAAGGACUUGGUGCAGGAGGUGGUGUCGCUUCGUCGCUCUCUAGAUGACGCUGAGGGGCUCAGCAGAGAUGCAAAGAAGGACUGGGCUGUCCUGCGCAGCCAAAAUAUGGCAGUGGAGGAGAUGAAUGUGACUCUGAGUGCCAACCAUGAGAAGAUGGAAGCUGAGGUGAAAAGCCUGCACUUCCAACUUGACACGGAGAAGUCACGCAACAGAAAGAUGCAGAGCGAUCUCCAAAAAGAGCUGAGUGUGGCAUUUGACGAGAACACAAAGCUCACCACACUGCUAGAUGGAAAAGUCCCAAAAAAUCUGAUGCACAGCAUGGAACUUGAGAGAACAGUGGCCCACCUGAACAGAGAGCUCACUGUGUCUCAUGAAGCAGAGGGAUCCCUCAAAGCUCAGCUGGAGGAGCUAGCUUCUUUCCAGACUCUUCCAGAGAAGCUGGACAGUUUGAUGACGCAGCUGGAUCAGCUGACUGGAGAGCUUCAUUGUGUGCGAGCUGAGAAAGACGCUCUCCUGUCUGCGCAGAGUGCUGAUGCUCAGAGUUCUGCGGAGGAGAUGGAGAAGGUGCUCUCUGCAGUUACAACUCUCACUGCAGAGCGAGACCAGCUCCAGAUGGACAUGCAGGAAAAUGUAGAGAUGAUGAUUGAACAUCAGGAGGAGCUGAGGUCAGCCCUGGAGAAGAAUCGUGAAAAGAUGGAGCGGAUCAAACAGCUGGAGACUGCACAAACAUCAGAACAGGACGGGCCUCCCAAUGAGAGGAGUGUGCAGAUGGAGGAGCUGCAGACACUUAUGAUCGAAAACCAGGAGGAGCUGAGAGUGUCUCAGGAGAAGGUCAAAGUUCUCCAAGAUGAGAUCAACGUGCUGACGAGUCAAAUGGCAAAGCUGGAGAGCAGACCAAGCGUUGGGAGUGAUGCAGAGACUACCUUCCAGGUGCAAGAGCUCCACAAUCAGGUCAGAGGACUGACUGAGGAGCUUGAGAGUGUGCGAGCAGAGAGAGACUGUCUGCAGUCUGAGAGGACGGCCGACACUCAGACGCACAGUGAGGCGAUGGAGAAGCUGCUGUGCAGAGCGACGUCUCUCAGUGAGGAGAGGGAUCAGCUGCAGGAGAUACUGGAGGGACUGAGGCAGGACAAGAAGCAGCUCAGAGCAGAGCUGGAGGACAGGAUGGAUAUGAUGCAAACUGAGAUGAUCGAAAACCAGGAGGAGCUGAGAGUGUCUCAGGAGAAGGUCAAAGUUCUCCAAGAUGAGAUCAACGUGCUGACGAGUCAAAUGGCAAAGCUGGAGAGCAGACCAAGCGUUGGGAGUGAUGCAGAGACUACCUUCCAGGUGCAAGAGCUCCACAAUCAGACUCAGAGGCUGACUGAGGAGCUUGAGAGUGUGCGAGCAGAGAGAGACUGUCUGCAGUCUGAGAGGACGGCCGACACUCAGACGCACAGUGAGGCGAUGGAGAAGCUGCUGUGCAGAGCGACGUCUCUCAGUGAGGAGAGGGAUCAGCUGCAGGAGAUAUUGGCGGGACUGAGGCAGGACAAGAAGCAGCUCAGAGCAGAGCUGGAGGACAGGAUGGACAUAAUGCAGACUGAGAUUGCACAGCUGAAUAUGUCGCUACAGACUGUGACUGAGCAGAAGAGGCAGCUGGAAGAUGAUCUACAGCAGAACAUGAAUAUGGCUUCCACAACACAAGAGCUCCUGAAGUCUGUCCAAGAGAAGCUGUGUGAGCAGAAGCAGAUGAACUCUGAUCUGGAGAAACUGUGUCAGCAGAAGGAAUGCUCUUUAGAUCAACAGAUGAAGACUCUUACCGAGAAACUGGAGAGCAUUGAAUCCGAGAGAGACAGUUUGCUCUCUGAGAAGGAGGCCAGCUGUCAGACCUCCACAGAGGAGAUGGAGAAGCUGCUGUGCAGAGUGACGUCUCUCAGUGAGGAGAGAGAUCAGCUGCAGGAGACACUGGAGGGACUGAGGCAGGACAAGAAGCAGCUCAGAGCAGAGCUGGAGGACAGGAUGGAGAUGGUCUCAGCCAUCCAGGAGAAGUUGAGCGAGCAGGGACAGUUGAACUUGCAGCAGCAGGAAGAGAAAAGAGAGCAAGAGACCAAGCUGCAACAAAGGGUGCAGCAGGUGGAGGAGAAGCUUCGUACGUACAGGGAGAGGCAAAGUGAUGCUAAGGUUGAAGCUAACGCCUCACAGCAGCUGCUCAGUGAAGCGAACAUAACCAUCUCAGCACUCAGAGAGCAGUUGAGCAGUUUGGAUCAGAGCACCAGUGGAGUCAAGGAGACAACGCCUUCACGGCUGCAGGACUCCACUGGGAAGCUUCAGGAGUCCUUCAGAAGAUUCCAGCAGUUUAUAGAUGCUUGUUCCAACGCUAACUCCACUGCCAUACCGGGUGGGUUAAAGCAUUUCCCGACUUUUCUGCCCGAACCAACCAUAAAGGCCUACAGCGCUGUGGGUCUACUGCAUCUGCAGACAUUUCAGAUUCUGAGGAACACUGUGGAGCACCUAGGCGAGCGAGCACAGGGCUACAGGACUGUAUUUGAGGAGUUGGUGAAGAAAGAUUUGGCUGUUUUUGAGGAGAGACGUCUGCAGGACGUGCUGCUGUGCAGAGCACAGACACCCUGCUACUCUGUCAAAGACGAGGACUUUCACACACUGUGGGACAGAAGACUGACUGAGCUGCUGGACAAGAGGCAGCUCUACCUGCAGAAAAUGGCCAGCAUUUUGAGGAAGCUCUGGGCCAACAUGGCUACAUUACCCAGUGAGCUGUCUGCUGAGAUCAGAGAACGGGUGAGGUUCAGGGAUCAGCUGCAGGCCGUGUUCACCAUCGAGCCAUUCAGCCUCAGCAGGCUGGACAGCAUCCUGAGCUCUGAGCUGGACCUCAGAUCUGUAAUUGCACACAGAAGAAAGAUGACUCUGCAGGGCGUCAUCGACGAGCACAAAGGUCUGUGUGAAGAGCCGUACCUGCAGGAGGCUCAGGCUCAUGCUCAACUCGCAGAGGAGAGAAGUAAGACUUCCACUCUGCUGAAGGCGUGGGAGGGAGCUCCUCUGAAAACAGAGCUCUGCCUGCUGAAGGACAACCAGCAACUUGUGCUGCAGCUAGAGCAAACUGAAGAACAAGUCAAAGCUCUGCAUGUACAGAAUGAGCAGCUAAAGGAUGCACAGAUCAAAGCCAGCAGCAGGGUGUCCAACCAUAAACAGGCUACCCAGAUGCUGCAGACGGAGCUACAGGACAGCCGCGCUCAAGUUGAGGAGAAAGAGCACGCCAUCCAAACGCUAAGGAGCAAACUGCGAGAGUCUGAGAACAAUGCAUCACCCAGUGCUGUUGAGCUGGAAAAGCUCCGGACUGAGCUGUUCAAAGUGGAGGUGGAGUUGAGUUCAGCAUCUGACAAACACAAACAAGAGAUCCAGACGAUCACCACAGUGCUGAAGGUAAAGGAAGUGUCCCUGAGGAAGCUGAAGGAGACCUUGAGGUCCCAACAGCAAGGGGAGGAGUCAUUCCUGACGGGCGAGGACCUUCAUGCCAGACUGACCAAUCCCAGAGGUUUACAGAUCCAGAGCAGCAUUCAGCUGGUGAAGACUAAACUGGAGGAAGAAGUCAAACAACUUCAACUGAACAUAACGGAGCUGGAAAACUUGGUGUCCAGUCAGGAGGCAGAGAUCAGCAAGUGGAAGAGCAGAGCCAUCAAGCUGAAGGGGAAGAGCAAAGCAGAGGUGGACAAGCCUUCCUCGCCCUGCACUCCCACCAAAAGGGGCUUUCCCAUGACCUCGGACUCCUCCAACUUCUUCAGCUCACCCAAGAAGUUUCUGGUUACUCCCAGGGGGGUCCUGGACUCUCCCCGGAAGCUGCUCGACUCUCCCAAAAGCAGAUUCUUUGAUGUGGGCGGAAGCUCUGAGCUGCUGUCCAGAAGCCGUCCGAAGCAGUUCUUUGAUAACUCCAGCCUCGGAACCAUUCCAGAGAUUUCCCUUGUUCCUGAUCCACCACACGCAGAGAUAGAUGCAGCUGUUGGUGCAGACCUGAAGAUGUAUAGUUGGCCUCAGUCUCCAACACAAGAGGAAAUGUGUAAAACCCAGUAAAAUGUUGAUUUGCAAUGUUUUUGUUUUGUAUCUGUCUGUCUGUCUGUCCAUCCGUCUGUCUAUCUGUCAUAGUUUUUAAUAAUAAAGUGUUCCUUGAUAAA